AUUACAUCACAUAGUCAACAUUUCAUUUCAUCAUAAAUCUGAGGAGAGUACAUGAUGGCACAAAAUGAUAAGCUAAUUUUUGUAAUAUUGAUUAUGGUUUUCGUUCCUAAAUGUGGAUGUGCAGUAGUCGGCCGACCCUCAGGGCAACAACAGCAAGAUUUCUUUGUAAAUGAAGACAGUUUUGCCAAUAGAGCCACUACAGGAACUGGUACAGGAAUUGAUUUGGGACCAGCAUUUCCAAUCCUUUCACUUUUAUUUAUUGUUCCAUUAUUGGCUCUGGUGGGUGCCAGUACAACGACUAGGGUAGCUCCGGCAAUCGUACCUCAAUCAAUCGUAAUGAGUGUACCUCCGGCAAUCGUAACUUGUCCUCCAGCAGAAGCCUCAACAACAACAACAAGUGCACCAUGUGUUCCAACAAAUUGUCCUCCUGGCUAUAUGAUGCUUACUGGGGAAAAUGCUGGUACUAAUUGUUACCUUUAUAGUGGUGAAAAUACUAAGAAAUCCUGGGAUGAAGCCAUGAGUGCAUGUGCCAUGACCCCUGGAGCUUUUCUGUGGAACCCAAACACUAAGGCAGAAGUGAGUGCUGUAAGGGAUAAAUUUAGUCUGCCCGCCAAUGUAUGCUUGUGGGUUGGUGGAAAAAAAGACAGUAAUGGAAAGUUUGUCUUUGAAAUUGACGAUACUGGAUUUGUUUUGGAACAGAAGACUAUACCAUACGGAGUAAAUGGGGCAUUAUUAGACACAGAGGGGAUUUUGAUUGAUCCAAAUGGAGAAUGUUUAGGGAUAAAUCCUGUAUCCAAUCUCGUGGAUAAUGAGACUACAUUUUGGACCUGGGGACCACAAGCUUGUUCUUUUGCCGCGACAUACGUUUGUGAAUUUCCAAGAAAGACCUGUCCAUAG